AUGUUUCUUCUUUACUUUCUUCAAUCUUUGUGUUGUGGAAAACCUCAAAUAGAUAAAUAUGGACAAGUUUACAAUAUUACAAACUGGGCUCGACGCCAUCCUGGAGGAAGUAAAGUCAUUAGCCAUUAUGCUGGACAAGAUGCUACGGAAGCUUUUCGUGCUUUCCACAACGACCUUAACCACGUCCAAAAAUAUUUGAAGCCUUUACACAUUGGCUCCCUGUGUGCUGAUGAAUUUCAAGUAUCUCAAAUCAAAGCUGAUUUUGAAGAAUUACGGAAUAUUGCAAUAAAACUGGGAUUAUUUGAACCAAGCUAUUGCUUCUUCUUCUUGAACCUUUUUCAUGUUCUUUUGCUUGAAGCCUUAGCAUAUCUCACCUUCAGAUACUUUGGGACAGGAUGGAUGCCCUACACUGUAUCUGUUAUGCUAUACUCAAUUGUGCAAGCUCAAACUGGAUGGAUACAACAUGACUUUGGGCAUUUGUCAGUGUUUAAAUUUUCAAAAUGGGACCAUCUCUUGCAUUAUUUUACUAUGGGUUUCAUCAAAGGUGCCUCACCAUCAUGGUGGAGUCAUAUGCAUUAUCAACAUCAUGCCAAGCCAAAUGUGCUGGAUAAAGACCCUGAUAUACGUAUAGACAAAUACUUUGUAAUUGGAGACAUAAUGCCUGUUGAGGUUGCUAAAAAGAAUAAGAAAAGCAUGCCAUAUAACUGGCAGCACAAAUAUUUCUUUAUUCUUGGUCCACCACUUUUGUUCCCAGUUUACUUUCAAUAUGCUCUUGUGCGUUAUGCUGUGUCAAGACGAGCUUGGGUUGACAUGGCAUGGAUGGCUGCCUUCUUUAUUAAACUUUUUUAUUUAUAUACCCCAUAUUUAGGAGUCUGGGGUGUAUUGGCAUAUUAUUUUAUUGUCAGAUGUGUUGAGAGCCACUGGUUUACGUGGGUUAGCCAGUCAAAUCAUAUCCCAAUGGAUGUAGAGCAUGAUUCAGCCCAGCCAUGGCUUCCCUUGCAACUUCGUGCAACUUGUGACAUUGAAAAGUCUUUCUUCAAUGAUUGGUUCACUGGACAUCUUAACUUUCAAAUCGAACAUCACUUGUUCCCAACAAUGCCAAGACAUAAUCUCUACAAAAUUGCUCCUCUUGUGAAAUCCUUAUGUGAAAAACAUGGUAUAAAGUAUCAGGUGAAGCCACUUUGGAGAGCAUUUGUUGAUGUUGUCAAAACACUGAAACAUUCUGGUGAAAUUUGGUAUGCAGCCUAUCAUGCUUAUCAUAUGUUAUAA